AUGCCGUUGCUAUAUUUUUUUGAAACAAGCGUAGAGCACGGUGGAAUGCCACCCAAGGAUCUUUACAAACUGUGGGCAGAGCACGCGAAAUCCUCUUGUAAAUGGAACGAUGAACAAUUUAUGAAAUACUCCUUCAAGGUAAGUCUGUAUACAAGAAAACUUUGAGUGAAAUCUCUGUUAGAAUGUACAGUUUAUUUGUCGGAUAAGACGUGCAAUGAACCCUCUCGUGGCGAUCACUAAUAACUAGUCGGCUCUAACACUGAAGAAUAACCCCUGUUAAGGCGUGCACCGACCCACACUAUCCGAAAACCUUCUAAGAACCUUGAAAUCAUGACUAGAAACACUCGACGAGAUUACAUAAGCGGAAAAAAUUUAAUGCAAAUUGGAUCGACUACCAUCAGUGCCCGUCUUUUUGAAUUGCUUAUGUAGUCCGCGGUCAGGCGAAACGUUAUUAUUUGAGAUGCAGGAUAGAAAGAUACUUCAACCUUGUUCCCAAGGGACUUUCCUACCCUUACGCCUUUAAUACGGCUUUAACCAGGCUAGGAGCCUGUUGAAGAGUGUCGGGGAACAGACAUCCCCCCUCCAUCAGAGGGAGGGGUGACGUCUGACACAGACUAGUGGCGAGGAGAACCCUGGGAAUGAGAAUGAAUGCCGCAGCUGUUCACGGUCUAUAAUAAUUCAAAUUGAAUAGAGUAGCUUAGACCAAGGUGCCUCGUGAGAUACGAACUGAAAACCCACGAUUAUCAUCUAAAAGAGCAUUAAUUCACCUUAGUUUUUUCGUCUGUGCAUUCUCUUUCAGGUAGCGGGAGAGAGAACAGUCGUGGGAGGUAUGGAGAUAUAAACUGAUUGACGUUAUAGUAAGACACAAAUCAAAUUGAGGAAUACUUUUACUUUUCAGAACUUUUUGUAAAAUUUCUGUCAAGAAAGUGGAAGUUUCACAGCCUAAAGAAACUUAUUAAAAAGUAAACUGACUAGGGCCAUGAUUCAAAAGCUUGCAAUUAUCAGAUAUACACCUUAUUGUAUAGAGAUAUUGGUGUCCCAAAACAAUGAAACGGCGGCCAUGUUUGUGUCCCAAACCAGUCCUGUGGCAGUUGAACUCUUUUCUUAUGUAAACACUUUCUUUUGUUCCAAUAAAUUUGCAUAGGUGCUGGCCACGUGAGUGAAAACACUCUAUACAAAAAAAGCAAAAACAACAAAAACCAAAUAGAAAUUAUUAAGCCAUGCAAAUCAAGUUUUGAUAGUUUGAAAAUCCUGAAAACCAUUUUAUCAAUAAAGUACAAUAUUUUGAUUUGACAUCAAUUAAGGUGAGGAAGGUAAAUUAUCACCUAAAGAUGUUUUCUGCUUUAUUUUUUACUUAAUCCCUAAAUGUAGUGAGCUUAUACACGGUCAAUUUAUUCAGUCCUUUUUACAUAGCUUUAAUUUUUCCAAUUUUAACAUUUUCCUAUGACAAUGUCAUUGCACUAGGCCUUUCCACAGUUUUUUCAACUUUUGACAUGGACAAGUUAGGGAAAAUCCGUCGACUUUGCCGGAAAAAGCGCCUUUAAAUUAGUUAACUUGCUAGGUGCGUAUUCUAAGUGAUUUGUUGAAACCUAACAAAGAUGUAUAGCUCCUCAAAGUCGUUUGUAUGGUGGGGGCAAAAACUUGAACCCUCUCCUAACCAUACAAACGUCUGUAAAUUUUCGCAACUUUAAUUGCGGAGCAAUAUCUUCGCUCGUUUAAGGCAUGUCACUUUAAUUAUAUAGAGGAUAUUACACGGUGGCGCGAAGAUAUGAGCGAGUGAGUUAAAUAUUGUUUUUACCACUCGAAAAUAAAAUUGAUAUCUUCGCGCCGCCGUAUAAUGUUCUUUUUAUUAUAUAGACAAAAUGACAUCAAUAAAAUAAUAGAGCCAAAUUACCAAAAUUACGUCAUCGAUAAACUCACGUGUGAGAUUAUCGAAAAUAAACCACUCGGGUCCCGGAUGUAGUUUUUAUGAAUUUUACGAGUGGUAUAUUUUCCAGUAAAACACUCGUGUCUAUAUAAUAAAAGGCGCUCUUUCCAGUUGUGUGGACGCCGAAUUUUCCCUAACUGGUUGGUUCAUGUCGUGAGUCAGAUUAGCUAAAAAACCGUACUGUAGAAAGGUCUGUUAGGACUGUGUAUUUCAAUAGUGUUGCUAAUUUCUUUGUAAGAUAAACUUGCACCCGUUUUUUCUCUUUACUUUACAGUGAUAUCAGUGGAGUCUCCCGGGGUACUAGACACAUGCUUUGAUGACUUUCCUCUGCCCCAGGCCCUUGGAGAUCAGAUCCAUACACGGUUUACCCCCCUGAGGCAGUAUGAAGGAUUCGCCUCUGACGUCAGCGAGAGGGCUGGAAUUGAUGCAAAAUACGAGGAGGAAAAAGUGGUCUCGAAAGAAGGCAUCUUAUACCUUCUGACGUUUACCGUGGAGUAUGAUCCAGGUACUGACUAGAGACGAAAAAAUCUGAAGGGGUGUGUAUAGUCGCAGUGCGGUGCUAUAAACAUUUGAACCGUUUCUUUGUCAUCAAGUAAUUCUGAAAAAAGAAAUUCAAAUCCAGUAACAAAAGCGUUUAUCUGUCUGUUUCUGUUUUUUACAGCGAUGACGCAAAACGAUCUUCUUCAAGUCUGGGCCGAAGAGGGCAGGGCAGCCUUGAAGGCGAAAAAAUCGGGAGUGGUACUGGAUUUAUGGAAAGUGGUGGCGGAACGAAAGGUAACAACGUUUAGUCAUAAUCAUAUUAUAACAUGUUAAAUGGUAGCAGAUGGACUCUAGAGCACCAUCACACACUCACACUCAUUUAACAUUUUCAUAAUACCUCUCCAAUUCAGCUGCCAAUUGGCCGUUUACACAUCAAAUAAUUACAAAGGAUAGGCACAGAUCUGCUAUACUAUCAUUAUUGUCGUCAUCAUUAUCCAUGAAUUGGCAUACGAGUGAUUGUCACAUGACCACAGUCCCCCUCAACGUGCAGUCCCGCAUGACAGAUAUCCUGCUACUCCAAUUCCUGCAUCCUGAGCGACACAAAUUUUGCAUACCUUUCGCAUACCCUCGGUUGAAUGUUUUGUUUUUAAUCUAAUUGUUCUUUUGGCCCACAGGUUAUCGCAGUUGUUUGUGUGGAGAAUCCAGCAGAGGCCGAUAGAAUGUCUUUAGACCUACCAAUCAUGAAAAAGAUGGGAGACAGGGUCCACGUGGAGUGCAAAUCAAUAAGACCGAUAGAGAAAUGGUUCGAAGACCUCAAAAGCUUGCAGAAUGGGCAAUGA